AUGGUAGGCACCUCGCAGUCAUCAAUCAAAGACUCGGUACCAUCUCCUCAAGCACACGCGAAAACGCCUAUUGCCUCGAAAUUUCAACAGCCCCGCGACGAAGGUGAUGGUGACGAUGCUGACGACGGCACCAACACCAGCAACGAUCGCGACCAGGACGAAGACGAAGACGAGCUUCAGAUCACGCAGACUACAAGGCCAGAGAAUAUGAACAAAACACGAAAAAUGUUAGCAACCAGCAAAAGCCUUCCCAAUCUACUGGUCCAUACGACGACAUCUACUACUCCAUCGACCAAACGACCGCGAUCAUCGCCCUCUACAUCUCCCUCGCCGCCGCCUCAUCCUCCCCCCUUGUCGCAUGCUCCACGCCCCAGUCCGCGACGAACUCCCAAACGCGCCCCAUUGACGAAUCGUCACCCAUCAACUUCGCAACAAACGACGCUGGACAAGUUUUUUGGGGGUAAUACGAUCAAGGAUAAUAAUAAUAAUAAUCCUAUUCGUGCAGAGACCGAGACUCAAAGGCCGACGAAGAAGUCUCGUCUUGACCGCGAUGCAGAUGCCGCUAUCGGAGCUCAUAUCUCCAACUCAGCUUCAGCAGCAACGACAACAAACCAACAAUCUCUUGACAACCGCGAAUCCCCCGAUCCAUUGAAUGUGAUCUCCCCUCCUCCAAAUGGCGAUCGAGUGCGUACGCGACAGAGAUCGAAUACCCUGACGACAUCCGCAGCAACCGGGAACUCCACAAUACCUGCAGAGGCCGCCGCUACAAGCCGGUCUUUGCGGAACAAGGCACAUCCAGUUAUUAUCGCAGAUGAUUCUAAUACAACGAAGACUAACAAUGAAGAAGGGGUCAAUGCUCAAAACAAGCCUACGAAUAACGCAGCCCAAGCCCCAGAAAAGAGAUCGUUGCGAUCACAUGAUGGAGGCUCUCGGUCGAAGAGUGAACUCGCCUUAUAUUUUCCCAACUAUGAGCAGAUCAUCAGUCUUGAGCCGGUGAAGAAGGAAUUUCUGGCUCCGGAGACAACUGUGACUAUACUCGACGAUCUGACAGAGUCACCUCUUCCAUUACCUGCUCUCGAGUCGGGAUCCCCGUCCCGAACGAGAAAGCAACGCAAAUCGAUUGAGCAAAUCUCACCGUUUGGGAAUCCUCUUCUUGAUUUAAAUGGAGUUGAGAAGAUUGAGCUCCCCAAGGUAGAGGAAAAUGGUGGUGUGACUACCGACCCCUUAAAUGAUGAUGUCUACUUCAAAGCUCACCGUCGACACGAAAGGCAAGAAAAACAACUACGAAAUAUCGAGAAAGAGCGAGCUCAACACGAAAAGAUACAGCUCGAUCGUCUGCUGGAUGAACUCCAAGGGCAUGAUUGGCUUCGGGUAAUGGGUAUCAGCGGGAUUACGGACACAGAAAAGAAGCUGUACGAACCAAAGCGAGAUUACUUUAUGAAAGAGGUCUCUGCGUUGAUAGAUAAGUUUCGUAUCUGGAAAGAAGAGGAAAAACGACGGAAGCAUGAACGCGAGCAGAUGCUUCUCGAAGCCGCCAACGCUGCUGCCCAGAAAGAAGAGCGAGGCGCAGAUGAGGAGGUCUCUGAAAGAGAAGAAGUGGAAGGAAAGCCAUCUUCUUCAGAUAUUCAAAGCUAUGACUCGAGUGAACUAGACGCCGCUGCUGCUCAACAACUUCUACAAGAAGCGCGCUCCGCGACUGCAACAGGUGCAAUAACAUCCUCUCCAUCUACUACGCCAUCCCAUCCUCAACCCCGCCGAAGACUUGUAGACGAAUUAACAAGCACACCACCAAAAUCCCGAUCCCAUCACAACCACCACAGACCUACCAACUCCAAACACACCACCCAAUCUACAACAACCACGCACAACCCCCCACUCCUCCCUCAAACCCAUCAGCCCGAAAUCGCCGAAUACGACGAAAGCAAAGCCUUCACCUCCUUCUACCCAAAACGCCAUCUCCGCGACGCUGCAUUCUCAAGUAGUCGUCGAGGCGGCCGCAACAGAUCUGCUUUCGGCCAACCCCUCCCCGAAAUACUGGAAGAACGAGAAUUUGAGCUUCCGCCUGAUAUUUUGACCCCAGAGAUUGUGUCUUCUCUGGAACGGAAGAGGAGACGGUUGAAGAGAGAGAGUCGGGGUGAUUAAAUCCUAACCCUUAUCAAUCUAUUGGGUUAUUCUAUUACUGCUCUAUUUGUACACUGAUUUUUCGGUUGGGCUUGGAAGGUAUAUAUCUGUUAUGUGUACUUUUUUUCGUAUUGUGUAUUAUUUAGCGAGCAUUUGGUCUUUUUCUUAACACAAUGGAUACGUAUGCAUA